CGGUUCAGACUUUAGUUUUUCAAAAACAUAAUUUGGUAGAAGAGCGUGAUUGCUGGUCAUCGCUUAUGAUUUACCAGCAGAAACAAGACAACUAGUAGAACGCAGGUAACCGACCCAUCCAGCUUUCGCUGCAAGAUCAGGACGGUGCCCAUAGCGAGAUCUUCAAAGCCUUUUAUAAAAUUUAUACUUGUGCUACGACCAUUCACAGGCAUAUCCGUAGCAGAUAUCCGAAUGGCAGUCCCAACCCUCUCGUUCUGCGGCUUCAGUCAAAUCGCAAAGCAAAUUCAAGUCAAUUUCUCAGGAAUUGCCGCUGUGACGUAACCUGCGCAUACGUUGCGAACGACGCCCAAUGUAUGAUAACAAGCAGAGAAAGCGUCACGCCACAAAUCGUAUUCAGAUGAAAAGAACUUAGCACGUGACAGACAACUGUUUAAUUUAGGCGAAAUCAAUGUGUACGUAAUUAAAACGUCCCCGCAAAUACCGUAUUUUCAAUCCAUGAUCAGACGCGUUUGCACUAUGGCUUAUUAAAUAUUUACUUAUUCAAAGUUUCAUGGCACGCUUGGCGCUGGUGAUUUGUCGUGUUUGGUUUUAUCAACAGCUGAUAUCAGCUUAUCGACUAUCGAAUCAGUGAAAUAAGAUCGAGAUUUGAUAAAUGUGUAAUAUAAACGGCACCUCGGUGUGCUGAGUUCAGUGUUCUUUUUUGGCGUGUGUUGGAUUUUCGAAAAUGGAACCCGACGCUCCACCCCCCGAUGGAGGAUGGGGAUGGAUGGUGGUCUUAGGGGCAGCACUGAUAAAUAUGGUCAAUCAGGCCAUGUUUGCCAAUUUUGGACUGAUCUACGGUGAGACGCUGACGAAAAUGGCAAAUGGCCAUGCAACUGGAAUAACUUUAGUAAUGGCGAUUAGUGUAGUUGUGACGAAUACUGCUGGGUUUACGGUAGGGCCACUUCUUAAAAAAAUUAGUUUGAGGACUCUCACCUUCAUUGGUAUAAGCUGUGUUGGAAGUGGAUUGAUUAUUACCAGCUUUGCAACUGAGAUUUGGCAUAUUGUCAUAGGCUAUAGCAUUUUCACAGGUAUGGGACUUGGUCUUCUGGCGUCGGGUACAUUUUUGAUCGUCAACGACUACUUCACUACUAAAAAAAGCACUGCUGUUGGCAUAUCGAUGGGCGGUACGGCAAUCGGGCAAAUGAUUAUGCCAACAUUUAUAGGAAUGUUGUUGAAGAAGUACGGAUUCAGUGGUACCACCUUUGUUCUCGGUUUCGUCAGCUACUCGGGAAUCAUUGGGGCCAUUUUUUUCAAGGUGAUCUUUUUUGUUCUGAUUUGAAACUGAUUCAGAAAA